AUGGAAUAUAGCGUUGGAGACGUUGUACGAUGUAUGUGGGGAUCGAAACCGGUUGAAUACGAAGCGAAGAUUAUUCACGCCAAUUCCGCAACAAAGGAGUACUUUGUUCACUACCAAGGAUGGAACAAGCGCUACGAUGAAUGGAUAUCCGAAAAAUCGAUACUAGGUUCGUCACGGAAACAACAAACGACUCCUUCCCACCACGAAACUCCAAAAGUUCGCCAUUCGAGAAGAGAAAAGAAAAUCAAGAAACCAAUUGAUUGGUCUCCCACAUCAUCUGCUACAACACAUGCUGCAGAGAAACCUGCCGUUGAAAAAGUUUCAAAUAAGCAACAUGUUCCGAUCUCGUCGAAACGAAAGCACUCUCCGGUAGCUAAAGUUGCUAAGUCGCAGCCUAUCUCUCCACCUGUUACAACUGGAGAUGAUUUAACUGAAGAA